CGAGAGCGGAGGCGCGGGCGGCGGCGAGAUCGCUCGGAAGCUGCUGCUGCUGCUGCUGCUGCUGAGCCAUGGUGAAGAUCAGCUUCCAGCCCCCGGCGGCGGGGCUCAAGGAGGAGAAGGACGGCGCAGCGAGCUGCGGGGUGAAGGCAGAAACCUUCCUGCCCCAGGAUGCGGAGGAACAGCCUUUGCCAGUACAGAGCAGAAGGUCUUCUCUCAGCCGCAUGUGCUACUUGACAAUGAUCUUGCUGCUGCUGCUCCUUGGCUUGAUUUUGACAUCAAUGUAUAUCUACAGAUACUUCGCCAUUACUGGCUCAUCUCUGACUUACUCAGAAAACCUCUUCCAUUGUGGAGUUAUCUAUCAAGACCACUCCUACUCACAGUUAAGGGGACAGCUGGAACUGCAUGAGGAUGUGAAGAUUUAUCUUGAGGAGGACUAUGAACAGAUCAAAAUCCCAAUGCCUCACUUUGGUGAAAGUGAUCCUGCGGAUAUUAUCCAUGAUUUUCAGCGGGGGUUGACAGCAUACCAUGACAUAGCCCUUGAUAAAUGCUACGUCAUUGAGCUGAACACCACUAUUGUUAUGCCACCUCAGAGCUUCUGGGAGCUUCUCAUUAAUGUGAAGAAAGGGGUGUACCUGCCACAAACCUACAUAAUCCAGGAGGAGAUGAUAGUAACUGAGCACAUCACUGACAUGGACCAGCUUGGCUCCUUCAUUUAUCACCUGUGCCGUGGCAAAGAAACGUAUAGGCUGAAGCGUAGAACUUCAAGGAGACAUAUCCAUCGACGUGCGGCAGAGAACUGUCAUCACAUUCGCCAUUUUGAAAACAUAUUUGUGGUUGACACAGCAAUUUGUCAGAAGUUGUGAGAACCACUUACCAGAUGUAACCUCCCUCCCUGGGUUCUACUUAUACUCAUCCGUGCAAGCUUUCUUCUGGAGAGAGAAUUCAGCUUAUUUUUCUUCUUGCUCCCAUUGCUUGUUCAUUGCUAACUUCUCAGGUCGCAUGUGAUCAAGCACUGACCUUUGGUGUGUCUCUAUUGCAUUUGCUUCAUAUUCACACUUUGUUGGGCUUAAAUUUACAUAGAAAAUCCAAAAUGUGACUGGGGAGGGGAAGGUUCCUGUUGAAAAUUGGCCCAAUAAUCUCUUCUGGGAGUGCACAUCAUACUCUGAGGAAUGUAAUGUGAAUGGAUGGCCAUUUGUUAAGUGACACUGACAACUUUUGGAUGCAUUUGGCUUUUUAGAGCUAAAUGCCAUUUUGUUUGAGUGUUAACUUAGUGUAGAAAUGCCAUUCAUGUCUCAUUCUUUGGUUAACAGAAAAAUCCACUAUAUAAUUACUGCCCUAAAGGGGAAAGGAAGCUGCCUCUAGAAAGACUUUUUGCAGCCCCGUGUAAAAAUUAAUAGUCCCGUGAGACUGGUUUAUCUUGGUUUAUUGCUCUACAAAGCAGAAUAUGUGGCUUUUGUUGUACUAGCUUUUGUGUAAGAGUCUCAUUUCUCUAUAGUAGCCACAACCCCAAGAUACAAGGUUUGCAUGUGUAAGCAAUAAUCCAAGUUUGUUCUGAUAGCAGUCUGUGAAGACAGCCCUGAUCUUGAGGAUUUGAGUCUUGAACUUCAAUGUCAUCCCAUUGGAUCUAUGAAUUAAGCUCCCCAGGGCAUAUAAUGGGUUGAGUAAAGGUCUAAUAAAGAAAAAGGCCAGGAGCCUAAUGCAAACAAAGGAAGGACCACAAACCAGUCCUUAAUUAUGCACUUAAUUAUCCAGUGUAUCAUUAGAUCAUAGUGCCGAAUGACACACAACUUUUGACACUUCACUGCACUUCCAGCACAGGUUAAUAGGCGAAAAUGAACUAGUUGUAUUGUCGAAGGCUUUCACGGUCGGAGAACGAUGGUUGUUGUGGGUUUUCCGGGCUGUAUUGCCGUGGUCUUG